GAUCAGUGAUUAACCGGUGCUGCUGCAGCUAGUUUUAUCAAGACGAAUUCGAAACAGUGACUUGGUCUUGGAAAACGCAAUAAAUUCAAUAAGAAGACGGAAGAUGGCGUCUGCUUGGAUUACUGUAAUUGUUCUUACUGGUUUCUGGGGUGUCAUAGGUAUUAUAGUUCCAUGGUUCAUUCCAAAAGGACCGAAUAGAGGGAUCAUUCAGACUAUGCUGGUAAUGACUGCUGUUUGCUGUUAUAUGUUAUGGUUAUGUACAUUCCUGAUGCAGUUAAAUCCCCUGAUUGGACCAGAGUUAGAAACGAAAGUUAUAAGGGCUAUCAAGUAUGAAUGGGAGGGACAAGACUAGGAUCAUCUUUUAUACCACCUCAAAAAUUCUGCCAUCUUGGACUGGAUUUAGACCAUCAACCCCCUCCCCACCCUACGACUCGGCACAAAGAAAUCAGGAUGCCUUCAUUUCAUUUGGAUGUAUUGACUCAGUUGAAUAGUGCCAAGUUUUGGUAAAACAAUACAGUGCAACCUUUUAAAGUUAGAGGAUGGAGGACAUAACUGCCCAUCUCAAACUGGAGCAAACAUUUAUGAAAAGAAUGAUACAGGUGGCAGUAUCUUGUAAUAACAGUUACCAGCUUUAAUGUUAAAAGACAAUAUCACAGUUAAUGUGAUAUUUAGCCAUGCGUUUCAAGAAAGGGUAAUUAUCAGUUAAAACCCUUUUUGGGUUGGAUAUUGUUCACAUUGGUCAGGUUGAGAAAGCUCUGAGUUAUUUUACAUUUCCAGAUUGAAAUAAAUGUUUGCAAUUAAGGAAAAGCAAGCAUGUCUAGCAAGAUGUGCUAGGCAUUUGAAUUUGAAUGAAUGACAGUGCAUGUGAUCACAUUUAUUGCAAUGAAAAACAUUGUAUUAAAUAUUGGAUUUU